GCCAUUUUAAUAGUACAGAUUUAUUAUGCUGUGCUUUUUGGAGGGUGAUCAUAUGUAUGUGGUCAGUAGCGCGUAUGCAGUCUAUGACCCAGCCUCCCUCUCACGUUACACCCUAUUUAUAACAUCCCCUGCGCUGGCUCCCCUCGUUCUGCAGUUCCUAGGAACCUCCUUCUGCUCCCAGCCUCGAGCUCCAGUCCCGUGUUCCUCCUGACAUCUGAGAGGCUCAGCUGCAGCUUGUCCUGGGCUAACUGUUUAUCCUGUACAGCCUGGCAACUGGCCGCAUGCUCUGGAUUACCACAGGACACCCAUUUCAAAACACAUUUUACUUGCUGCUCUGACUAUUUUUUCUAACUGAAGGGAAAAGUUUUGGGAUAGUCAAGGGAAAAAGGGAAACAUCUUGGAUAUGUGCUUGUGAUCUUUCUGGUUUUGGUUCAUUUAGUAACAUUGCCUCUUUCACUUGCCCUUCUCACCUUUCCCGGAGGGCCGUGCGUGUGUUUGCACACGAUGGAUCACACACUUUUCGGCUGCCUGCGGAGUCCCCACGCCCCGGCGCAGGCCCUGCAUCCCGCCUUCACCCAGUCUCCUCUGGCGCUUCACGGACGCUCGGACCACGUCUCCUACCCUGACCUGGCCUCUUCAUCGUCCUCCUCCUCUACCUCCUCGCCCUCGCCCUGUAUCAUCUCCAGCUACCCAGGUGACGACAGCCUGUUUCCCGGGCAGCACCACCACCACCCUCACCGCGGCCACCUGCCUACCCAGCAGCAUCACCACCCACCUCAGCACCAUACAUCUUGGCAUAUCCCGCAGAUGCCGUCACCUGGCAGCGGUACGCGCCACAGCCUUUGCCACCCACACUCCCACUCAUCCCACGACAAUGGGCCCACACCUUCGGACCUGGGCCACCCUGGUGGGCCCAGUAUGUGCGCCAGCACCCCCAGUCUGGGCAGUGGCAGCACCCCUACAGGGGCCUCUUGUGUGCCUGCAGACUUUGGCAGACAGACUUUGUCACCUGCUGAGGCCGAGAAGAGAAACGGCAAGAGGAAAAGUGACAGUUCAGAGUCCCAGGAUGGGAAUUACAAGUCAGAUGUGAGCAGCAAGCCCAGGAAGGAGAGGACGGCGUUCACCAAGGAGCAAAUCCGAGAGCUGGAGGCAGAGUUCGCCCACCACAACUACCUAACCAGACUAAGGCGCUACGAGAUCGCUGUCAACCUCGACCUCACUGAAAGACAAGUGAAGGUGUGGUUCCAGAACAGGAGGAUGAAGUGGAAAAGAGUGAAGGGCGGCCAGCAGGGGGCAGCGGCUCGAGAGAAAGAACUGGUGAAUGUGAAAAAGGGGACGUUGCUGCCGUCAGAGUUCUCUGGCAUUGCAGCGCUCCACCAUUCGACGGACUCCUUAGCCAAUGAAGACAGUCAUGACAGCGACCAGAGCUCUGAGCAUGCCCACUUAUGAUGUGCACAUGUGCAACCCCCGUGCCCCCCCCCCAGCCUCUGCCUCAGGACCGUCCUUAGAAGGACUGCUGUUUGCUGAUUCACCAUCAUCGUUAUGCAACGAUGCUAAAAAAGUGUACAAAUGUACAGAGGAACGACAUAUAGUAGAGAUGGAGUUUUCAUGCAGGCAAAAUGUAAAUUUGAAGAACUGAGCACAUAAAGAGAGACGGUGCCAUUGGUUUAAAAAAGUCCUCGAUAAAUGCCAAAAAAAGAGAACAUUUUAAAUAUGGAAAUGUGAGAUCCUUGGUUAUACAAUUCUUCUGAACAGUACAACAAAUUUGGAAAUCUUAUUCAUUUAAACAUUCCAUGUUGUUUGCCUUGAGAAAAGCAGGCUAAGGCUUUGAUUUGCACUGUUAAACAUGCAGUCUGCUCCUCAAUCGGUUUCUACUGUAAAAACUGUAAAUUACAAUGUAAUUGAGUUAUUGGUCAAAUCAAGUGCCAGGAAAUGAAAUUUGCCUAGCUAAUAUAAAUGAUUUGUAAAUAAAUAUCAGUAUUGUUUUACCUUAACAAUGAUUCUAUACCUAGACUAUUCAGCUCAUGCAGUAAUAAACACUGAUGGUUCAUAAGCUGACACUUUCCUGCCUGGAGAUGAUGUUUUGCAAACAAAUCUGAAACCCCUUUUCAGGGUCUGUUGCAAAUUGAAUAAAACGUAACCAGUGGUAAA